AGUGGAAAUGACCGGUUUGUCGGUCAAGAAAUAUAUGGGUCCUUGAGCCUUGCGCUAAGGGAUAAUUCGAGGUUCACUGCAAGGGAUCGGAUCAAAUAUUGACCAAUGUCAUUCAAAUCUACAUGGUCUAGAUAUGUACGAGAUGAAAUUCAUCACUCUUACAUGAACACGACCUAAUCAAGUAUUCGACAGCCUUUCGUCUCAAGUGUCAGCCUUGGUUACUCGGUAUAUGUAUCUAGGUACUUGCAUCUAUCUGCAACUACCUUCAGAUGACAAGGCUCGCAGGGUAUUAGCAAGCAUUUAUACUCCUUGUGAAAGCCACGAGACACUCCUCCCCAUACUAUCACUCAUUCCGAGACAGCAAACAUUAUGCCACGCAAAGAACCGAAAUUGAAGCUCAAAAAGCCAGAUAGAUCUGGCCCUGAUCCAUCCAUCGAAACUCUUCUCGAUAUCGCAGAAAAACGAAAUUUAAGUGAAGCUCAACGACAGCGUCAAGCAGAAUUAGAUGGAGAAAAUGAGGAGAUUUUAAUAGGAAGACUAGGGGAUUCCGUUUUAUGGACAAUCAGUCUUACGAUGUUACAUUUCACUCUGGAUGUAUUGGUUACACAUCAAUAUGCCGAAGAAAUCGUCUGGAAGGGUAUCGUUUCGAGGGCCCUCCAAGCAUGUCCUGUCAUCUGGCUUCUCUUUUACGCCUUCCAUCCACAUCCCGAACCCUCGAAUUUAUUACCUCGAAUACCUGCCGAAGCACAUCCUUAUGUACACGAAAUCUUCUUCUCUGCUGCUAGUAUAAUGGCUGGAUGUUAUCUUAUACACAUCACAAAUGAAUACGGUCAUUUUGCCACAAUGAAACAGGCUCCACCAGUAGGGACUAUCUGGAUUUGGGCGGUGGUUGAGUUGAACAUCUUAUGGGCAGUACCUAGUGUUGCAUUUUGUGCUAUAUACCUAAAGGUCAAAGGGUAUGCAUUCCUUUAGCCGUUAAGGAAUGAGAUUCUGGGUGAUUUUUAGGAGAGGGGCUGUGCUAAAGACAAGAGGUCCCAUAUGAUGCCUAUUUACCUCUGGACAGCACCAACUACGGAUUGUGUUCUGGCAGGUGCUGUUCACUUAACGCCAAUUACAAAGUGCACCAAAUUAUUGGACAAAGACGUGCACCCUUUGCUGGUGCAGGUGCUCGGGUGCUAAGGUGGGCCGAACAGAGAGAGAAGCAGUCGAGGGAGCAGCUAGCGGUCCGAGUUCAUGAAGCAGAAGCGAGGAAAGAGUGGUCAUGUUUCCUUGACUCAAUUUACUGGUAUCACUGAACCCUUCGCUAAACAGCUGUCGAUUCUGGUUUUUGAAAAUGCUCAAGGUCGUAGCCUUCUGCUUUUGGUAAAGGGAUAGUUGUUCCAGUCUCAACCGGAGUUUCGGACUGAGAAUCGUCGGUUCCAAAAGUGUCAUUUCUUUGAGCUUCCCAUCGACGAACGCUCUCAGAUCCAAUUCGAUCACGAUGCAUCAAUCGAUAUACUAAAAACUCUAGUCGAUCGAGCUUCUCGUGUUGAGAAUGAACUGUACUUUCCAGUCGGUCAAGUCUUUCGUGAUCUAAUUCCUUUUGCUUCUUUGCUUGUGAUUCUUGGUCUCGAGCUCGUCUAAUUUAGUCAGUUUCGAGCCCCUAAACUAUGGGGUAUCCUACUUACGAUGACAUCAUACUCAUCUGUGCAAAUAAAACUCUAGCUCCUAAUGCAUCUCUUUGCCUAACUAAUUCCAAAGCUUUCCUCCUCACAGGUAGCCACGACAUGGCUACACUCGUUCUAAAUGCCAUACUUUUCGGUACCAAGGCCCAUUUCUUUCCUUGAUCAUCCUCGGUACUAGCCUUCAGCUCGGCUUCGGUCACCAAUUCUAGUAAUCUCUCCUCAAGUUUUCCAAGUUCCUCGAUUACGGAGACAUACAUCUGAUAUUCCUUUUCUUGUCCGAAACGAUCUUUUGGACCAUCAGAUGCAUAAACCAAAUCAUGAAGCCACUGUGAUUCAGUUUUAUGCCACGAAAGGGCUGCUUUGACUUGGAAGUAUUCGUUAUCAGCAUUGCGUAAGUAGGUGAAUCGAACGUAUAUCGCUGCUGCAAUAGCGGCCACAAAGGUCAAUAUUCCUGCGACGCUAGAUGUUAUAGAGAGAGGGCUAUCUUGACUAGACAUUUCAUUUGGAACGAGGAUUCCUUCUCUAGAAUCUUGAGUGGUCGAGGUAAACAAAAUGAAGUCAACAAUCAAUCAUACAUCUUCUCAUGACACCGAAUAACUCAACCCAGUGGCUCCAUAUAAGUAUUGACUGCGGUUUGUUCACACCGUAAUAGGACAAGGCUUAUGUCAAACAUUUGAUUGUUUUCUCUACUCAGCCACAUUUCAUGCAAGGCUAAGAGAUAUCAUACAUGAUUUAUACGCUAGUCCUCCUUUGGCUUUACCCCAGACCUGAUCAGCGCUUGUGCCAAUGAUCGUAGGCCGCGCGAUCCUCGCUCCAUUCUCUCCACUCUUGUCAUGUCGCGUGGAG